AUGGUGUCAAGAUCUUGUGCAAAUUUUCUUGACUUAGCAUCUUGGGACCUUUUGGAUUUUCCUCAAGCUCAUAGAUCUCUUCCUCGUGUCAUGACUGUUCCUGGUAUUGUCUCAGAGUUGGAUGGAGGUUACGGUGAUGCCUCCUCCGAUGCUAAUUCCUCCACUGGUUCUCACGACCGGAAGAUUAUAGUGUCUAACAUGCUACCUCUACAAGCUAAGAGAGAUACAGAAACUGGACAGUGGUGUUUUAGCUGGGACGAAGAUUCUCUUCUUGUGCAACUCAGAGAUGGGUUUUCUUCGGAUACGGAGUUCGUUUAUAUUGGAUCGCUUAAUGCUGAUAUUGGUACGAGUGAACAAGAAGCGAUUUCUCAGAAGCUUCUGUUGGAUUUCAAUUGUGUUCCUACGUUUUUACCCAAGGAGAUGCAAAAAAAGUUCUAUCUUGGUUUCUGUAAGCACCACCUGUGGCCGCUCUUCCACUAUAUGCUUCCCAUGUUCCCUGAUCACGGAGAUCGUUUUGACCGGGGUCUCUGGCAAGCCUAUGUUUCUGCAAACAAGAUAUUUUCAGACAGGGUGAUGGAAGUCAUCAACCCUGAGGAAGAUUAUGUUUGGAUUCAUGAUUAUCAUCUGAUGGUUCUUCCCACAUUCUUGAGGAAGCGGUUUAACAGGAUCAAGCUUGGAUUUUUCCUUCACAGUCCCUUCCCCUCGUCAGAAAUCUACCGCACUUUGCCAGUUCGAGAUGACCUUCUGAGAGGAUUGUUGAAUUGUGAUCUCCUUGGGUUCCACACAUUUGAUUAUGCACGCCAUUUUUUGUCAUGCUGCAGCAGAAUGCUUGGCCUUGAUUAUGAAUCUAAGCGCGGUCACAUCGGGCUUGAUUACUUUGGUCGAACGGUGUUUAUUAAGAUUCUUCCUGUUGGCAUCCAUAUGGGUAGGCUGGAAACUGUUUUGAAUCUCCCCUCCACUGCAGAGAAAAUGAAAGAGAUUCAAGAACAGUUCAAGGGGAAAAAGUUGAUUCUCGGUAUCGAUGACAUGGACAUCUUCAAAGGCAUAAGCCUCAAACUUAUAGCCAUGGAACAUCUCUUUGAGACGUAUAGGCAUAUGCGAGGAAAAGUUGUCCUGAUUCAGAUAGUGAACCCAGCACGGGCCGCAGGUAAGGAUGUGGAAGAAGCAAAGAGGGAGACAUAUGAAACUGCAAAAAGGAUUAAUGAGCGGUAUGGUUCCGCUGGAUAUCAGCCGGUGAUCUUGAUUGAUCGUCUUGUUCCCCGUUAUGAGAAGACUGCCUAUUAUGCUAUGGCAGACUGCUGUCUGGUGAAUGCAGUAAGAGACGGCAUGAACUUAGUUCCUUAUAAAUAUAUUAUAUGUAGGCAAGGGACUCCAGGUAUGGAUAAGGCCAUGGGCAUUAGCCAUGAUUCACCACGCACAAGCAUGCUUGUGGUCUCUGAGUUUAUCGGCUGCUCGCCUUCGUUGAGUGGCGCGAUCAGGGUGAACCCAUGGGAUGCAGAUGCUGUGGCUGAAGCGGUGAACUUAGCUCUCAAAAUGGGUGAGACUGAAAAGCAGUUAAGGCAUGAAAAACACUAUCACUAUGUUAGUACUCAUGAUGUGGGUUAUUGGGCAAAGAGCUUUAUGCAGGAUCUCGAGAGGGCAUGCCGGGAUCAUUAUAAUAAACGUUGCUGGGGUAUUGGUUUUGGCUUGAGUUUCAGAGUUUUGUCCCUGUCUCCGAGUUUUAGAAAGCUAUCUAUCGACCACAUUGUCUCGACGUACAGAAAUACUGAGAGAAGGGCAAUAUUUUUGGACUAUGACGGCACACUCAUUCCUGAAAGCUCCAUUAUUAAAACCCCUACUGCCGAAGUCCUCUCUGUUCUGAAAUCUCUGUGUGGAGAUCCUAAAAACACGGUGUUUAUCGUCAGUGGAAGAGGGUGGGAGUCUCUGAGUGACUGGCUAUCUCCAUGUGACAAUCUUGGAAUAGCGGCUGAACACGGGUACUUCAUAAGGUGGAGUAGCAAGAAAGAGUGGGAGACUUGUUACUCGUCAGCUGAUGCUGAGUGGAAGACAAUGGUAGAACCGGUAAUGAGAUCGUACAUGGAGGCAACCGAUGGUUCCACUAUAGAGUUCAAAGAGAGUGCUUUGGUUUGGCAUCAUCAAGACGCAGAUCCAGACUUUGGUUCUUGCCAAGCAAAGGAGCUUCUGGAUCAUCUAGAGAGCGUACUCGCAAACGAGCCUGUUGUCGUCAAGAGAGGCCAACACAUCGUAGAGGUCAAACCACAGGGAGUAAGCAAAGGCCUAGCCGUGGAAAAGGUGAUACACAGAAUGGUAGAGAAUGGAAACCCACCGGACAUGGUGAUAUGCAUAGGAGAUGACAGAUCAGACGAGGACAUGUUUGAGAGCAUAUUGAACACAGUGACAAACCCGGACCUCCCAAUGCCACCAGAGAUAUUUGCUUGCACGGUGGGAAGAAAACCGAGCAAAGCCAAGUACUUCUUAGAUGAUGUCUCUGAUGUAUUGAAGCUCCUAGGUGGAUUGGCUACUGCAUCGAGCAGCUCGAAGCCCCAAUACCAGCAAGAAUCCUCCUCCAAUAAACAAGUGGCGUUUGAGAGCAUAAUCUGA